UAUAUUUUAGGGUUAAUGCCGUUUUCGCACUAUAAAGUCUCUUCACAACUUUACUCGAAUCGCUUCUGCAGCCGUUUCCUUCCGUUAGCCGCAGCCAUGGUGAAGUACUCGCAAGAACCUGACAAUCAGACCAAGUCUUGCAAGGCUAGAGGAUCCGAUCUUAGGGUUCACUUCAAGAACACUCGGGAAACAGCGCACGCUAUCAGGAAGCUACCAUUGCUCAAGGCCAAGAGGUACCUUGAGGAUGUGAUAGCUCACAAGCAGGCGAUCCCCUUCACCCGUUUCUGCAGAGGUGUUGGAAGGACUGCUCAAGCUAAGAACAGGCACUCCAAUGGUCAAGGACGUUGGCCUGCUAAGUCUGCUCAGUUCGUUCUUGAUUUGCUCAAGAAUGCUGAGAGCAAUGCUGAGGUGAAAGGUUUGGAUGUUGAUGCGCUAUUCAUUUCGCAUAUCCAAGUGAACCAGGCUGCUAAGCAGAGGAGAAGGACUUACCGUGCUCAUGGAAGAAUCAACCCUUACAUGUCCAACCCAUGUCACAUUGAGUUGAUUUUGUCAGAGAAGGAAGAGUCUGUCAAGAAAGAGCCGGAGACUCAGUUGGCAGCCAAGUCGAAGAAAUCAUCUGCCUAAGCUUUCUUUGUUUUUUGGUUUCUACUUUUUGUGUUCCUGAAAGAGAUUUUGAUCCCUUUGCAAGACAAUGGAUAGAUUUUCUUGGAUUAUUCAAUGUUAUGAAACUAUUAAUCUUUGUGCUGGCAGUAUUUUAUUCUAUCUUAAUAUUAUUUGCUAAA